GCGCGCGCGGGUGAAAGGCGUCAUGUCGAUACUAUACGCAGUGAACAGUGUGCGGACCGCAAACGCCAUGGCCGGGUUACCUUAUAUGCGAAUAUUACUUAUUUGUGCUAUUUUAAUCAAUGGAAGCUACCAGCAAAAAGAUAAACAUGAGGACUUCGUGUGUCCUGAAGGUACACAGGGUAAUGGAAAUUUUGCUGACCCUGCCACGUGUAGGCGGUUCUACCAAUGUGUGGAUGGCUAUCCGUACUUGAACAGAUGUCCCUCUGGGCUAUACUUCGAUGAUAUUAGCAAGUACUGUACAUUCAAAGCUGAAGCCAGAUGCGGCCCCAUCGCCACAACCCCUGCACCAAUUACUGAAGCACCUUUGGAUCUAGCUACCAAGUGUGAUCCUGCGGAAUGCCAGUUGCCUUACUGCUUCUGUUCCAAAGAUGGCACACUCAUACCUGGAGGUCUCGAUCCAGAAGACACGCCCCAAAUGAUAAUGCUGACAUUCGACGGCGCUGUUAACUUGAACAACUUCGAACUGUACAAGAAAGUGUUCAAUGGAAAAAUCAAGAACCCUAAUGGCUGUCCCAUUAGAGGCACUUUCUUCCUGUCACACGAGUACAGUAACUACGUGCAAGUCCAAGCCCUUGCACAUGAUGGUCAUGAGAUAGCGACGGGCACGGUAUCGCAGCAGCAAGGUCUUCAAGACAAAGGCUACGAAGAAUGGGCCGGUGAGAUGAUUGGCAUGCGCGAAAUUCUUGGCAAGUUUGCCAAUGUAUCGCGAUCAGAAAUCGUCGGCACCAGAGCACCCUUCCUCAAGCCUGGCAGAAAUACACAGUUUAAGGUGUUAGAGGAUUUUGGCUACAUCUACGACAGUUCGGUGGGCGUGCCUCCUCUGCCGAUCCCCGUGUGGCCAUACACACUCGACUAUAAGAUCGCACACGAGUGCAAGUCAGGCACUUGUCCGACCAAGUCGUUCCCAGGUUUGUGGGAGGUUCCAUUCAACGCUCACUACGUAGAGACGUAUGAGGGCGGACACUGUCCCUAUCUCGAUCAGUGUGUGCUACAUAACCACGACUCCGAUGAGGUGUUAGAAUGGCUGCAAGAAGACUUCAGUCGGUAUUACGAGCAGAACCGAGCUCCAUACAUGAUGCCGUUCCACACGAACUGGUUCCAGAUUAAGGAGCUAGAGCGAGGUCUCCACAAAUUUUUACAGUGGGCCUCCAGUCUGAAGGACGUUUGGUUUGUAACUGUCACCCAAGCUCUGACCUGGAUGACUGACCCGAAAUCAGCGAAAUCACUCAACAAUUACGAAGCCUGGAGAUGUGACCGCAAGGACUACCCGGCGGCUCCAUGCAAUCUGCCCAACAAAUGUGCACUAUCCUUCAAACCUGCUGAUACCAAUUUCACCGACACGAGGUACAUGGAGACCUGCAGUGAUUGCCCCAACCAAUACCCGUGGCUUGGUGACUCUGGCGGAACGGGAAUCCCCGGCAAAGACAACUAUAUACCUGACAAUCUUAGGAGGAAGUAGAUUACCAGUAGUCCUUUAUUGACAUUGUACAAGU